GCUUCUGAGCUUACACUAGAUACAGCUGUGCAUUCAUCAUUCCUAGAUUCAGAGCACAGCAGGAGUCCACACUAUCACCAGACUAUCAGAGAAGAUGAUUUGCACCAGGAGGUCAAUCUCGCUCAUUUUGCUCCAUCUUGUAGCUAUCGCUACAGCCUUACCUCCUCUAGUCCGGGUGGCCCAGGAAGAUGUACGGUUUGGUGUACGUUUAUUCCAGGAGGUACUACAAGAUCACAAAGAGGGGAACUUGGGCUUCUCACCCUAUGGAGCAUCAUCUGCACUGAACAUUUUGCAGUUUGGGACAGCUGGUGAAACGAUGGAACAAAUCCGUAAAGUCAUGAACUAUGGCCUUCACGAACGGGCUGUGUAUGCUUCCCUUCGGAAACUAAGAGAAGAGAUAAGUCAAGUACAAACAGUCAGCGGAGAACCAAAGUCAGUACAUGUGGCUGAUGGACUCUUUGUGCAACGCGACCUUACUCUGACCCCUGGAUUCCUUCAAAGAUUCCAGUCCACCUUCCGGCGUCAUGUGACGCAAGUCAACUUUACUGAUCCAUCACAGGCCAAGGAUAUCCUGAACCAAUGGGUGGAAAACCAAACUGAAGGAAUGAUCAAAGACCUAUUGGGGAGCAACUCUAUUCCCCCACUGACACGCCUGGUUCUACUUAGUGCUGUGCAUUUCCAUGGCGCAUGGAAACUCCCAUUCCCAGAGAAAGCAACACGCCAGAGACCAUUUUACCGAAUGGAUGGGUCUCAGGUGCAAGUUUCUAUGAUGGCCAAUACUGGGAAGUACAACUACAGUGAAUUCCUGACCCCAAAUGGAGAAGAUUAUGAUGUGAUCGAGUUGCCCUAUGAAGGUGGAGAACUGAGCAUGUUGAUUGCAGCUCCAUAUGAGAAGGAAGUACCAUUGUCCACUAUCACCAAUAUUCUGACUCCAGAACUCAUUCAAGAAUGGAAGGAAACCAUGAAACCAGUGACCCGUUUUCUUGUACUUCCCAAGUUCUCUCUGCUCAGUGAGGUCGAUCUUAAGGCUCCGUUGGAACGUCUUGGUGUUAAAAACAUGUUCAGUGCUGAGACAGCAGACUUCAGCCGUCUGUCUGCUGAGAGACCACUCUACGUUUCUCAAGCAUUCCAGAAAAUCAAAGUAGAAGUGACAGAAAGUGGAACAAGAGCAGCUGCAGCAACAGCUGCUAUACUCCUCGCUCGGAUGGCGCCUCUUGAAGUUAUCAUGGAUCGACCAUUCUUGUUCAUCAUUCGACAUAACCCAACAGGUUCAUUACUGUUUCUGGGACAAGUCAUGGAGCCAUGAGUCCUGAGUCUAAUGAUAUCAUCUUUUACGACAAGUCCACCUCAACACCAACCAAGCAUUUCCAAGUCACUCACAGAAGAUGAUGACAUCAAUACACAAGGAUACGAAUCAAGACAUAAUAUGUCCCUGUCUUGGGAGAAGUGACAUCGGGGGUUGGGAAAUUGAAAAUAAAACGGGUAGUGUGCUAGAUUAGCUAAGAGUGAAUGAGUACCAAGAUGCAAUUGAAUGCAAGGAAGUAUGAGUUAUUGCUGUGUAAAAUUAGAGUAUGAGAGAAUCGUUUAGUACUAUAAAACUUUAAAGAAAUGUAAAUGUCUUUUUUUAUGAAUUCUAUAUUUAAUAAAUAUAUUUAUUUAUAUCUAA